AAGGGUUUUCUCCGGCCGUUUUCCCGAGCCGCCGGCCACAAGACCACUGCCGCCGCCGACGCCGACGCCGACGCGAAGACCGACCGCAGGUCCGCAGCAAGCACUCGCGGAUACUACUACUGCCUCCGUCCCCCGCUGCACCCGCUGCUUUUCGUCUCCGCGCAGUCGUCCGAUGGCCAAGCGGCUCGCUGCCGCCGAGAAAGAGGUGCUCGUCGAGGUGGUGCGGUUCACGCAGAAGAACGGCCUCAGAGGCUGUGACGGCGGGUGGAAGGAUUUCCUGGCCCGGAACGACAGGAAGUUUGGCGCGUCGGUGAGCGACCCCAGGAAGCGCACCAGGGAUGUGCUGCUCGCCUUCCUGCAAACCUUCUCCAAGGAUUUCCAGAAGUACUUCGGCAAAUUGGUGAAGCGUCAUAAGGAAAGAAGUGAUGUUCAGCAGUAUAUGACUGAUUUCCCUGAUGAAGUUUCUCCCGAGCAGAAACUUGUUCAACUGACGGCAGAGCACCCGGAGUACAGAAAACACUACUGCUUCCCAUCAUACCAGGAGGGGUGGAAAGUAUUGAGGAUAGGAGAAGUCUCUAGUUUAAUGAGCUCAAGUGCUAUGUUGGCAAUUGACUGUGAGAUGGUCCUUUGCAGUGAUGGCACAGAGGCUGUGGUCAGAGUAUGUGUUGUAGAUGACAAGCUCAAGGCUAAGCUGGACAUACUUGUAAACCCCUCAAAAGCUAUUGCUGACUACAGAACAGACAUCACUGGUGUAUCUAAGAAUGAUUUAGAAGGAGUCACAUCAUCAUUAGUUGAUGUUCAGAAAUCGCUGAAGAGAAUGUUAUCGAAAGGAAAUAUUUUGAUUGGCCAUAGCUUGCAUAGAGAUUUAUGCGUCUUAAAGCUUGAUUACUCUCAAGUUAUUGAUACAGCAUACAUAUUUAAGUAUGCAAAUUUACCUACUACUGCAUCACCUUCCUUAAACAGUUUGUGCAAGGCUAUUCUGGGGUAUUCUGUUCGAGAAGAAGGAGAACCACAUAAUUGCUUAAAGGAUGCAGAAGCUGCGAUGAAUCUAGUUCUUGCAAAACUUAAGAAUGGGUUUAAUGACCCCAUUGAAAUUGCUGCAAGUAGUGUAAUUGAAUCUGAUGUGGUGAAGUUGCUUGCUCAUAGAAUUCCAGUGUACCUGCCUUGCCAAGAGCUGUGCAAAAUUUUCUCUGGGAACCCCAACAUUGAUGACAAGAUUGAUUCGCGAAUACGAGGUGAAUUUUAUUCCACAUGUAUUUCAUUCAAUGACGUAGAUGAGGUAGAGAAGGCAUUUGAAGAACUGGAUGGCCAAAAGACUAAGGACUCAGGUGGGAGACUUCAAAAGCAUGUAGUGCUGAAGCGUGACAAUGGAGAUGUCGUAAGCUUCUACGUUCGGAAGAUGGUAUACGGUUCCUGGCCCAAACAGCUCGAAGUUCCAAAGAAUAGACCAGAGCCUACGGAGGAUUCAGAGCCAAAGAAAGAGCAUGCCGAGGGAGUUCAGCAAAAAAAGAAGAGAAAUAACUUCGUGAGAGAUAAUGAGGAUCCAGAGCCAAAGAGGAGACCAGAGCCUACUUUGGAUCCAGAGCCAAAGAAAGAUCAUGCCGAGGGGGUUCAGCAAAAGAAGAAGAGAAGUAAAAAACACACAGACAAGGAAAAUGCGUCGGUGGUGUAAUGAAUAACUUCGUGAGAGAUACUGAGAUAUUCCUGUUACUUAUGAAUGCAGAGAGAUUGGCGAUGCUGUACUCUUUGAGAAGGUCAUUUUGAGGUGUUUGAUCAUGGCUUUGGGAAACCCCUUUGAAGAAGGGCUGUUCUGGGCUUCUGAGUUCUGACCAUGGGGAACCUUUCUCCUUUACCAUAUAGCAUGCCAGUUUACCUCAUCUCCAGUGCUUAGUUGCUGCUCUGCUCUGGUUACGUGUUUCUGCUACAUUGCUAGUCGUCCACUUACUGUCUGCUAGUGUUAAUUUGCUUAUUGCAUUACACUGACGGAGUUGAGUUUGAGGUUCAGAAGGUAGGAUAUUGUUAGGGAAUUUUGUUUGAACAGAUUUGACUGCUAUUUUGUACUUUUGUGGUAAGGAUUUUGCUCCAUAAUUUGUUUUCACGAGUUGGACAUUGCUAUUGGCACU